CUUCAUCACUUCAGAAUGGACGCUCAACCUCUGUACCCCUGACAAUGGACAGAAUGUGUUUGCUUUUUUGUUUUUUAGUUCUGAAACAUAAAACAUUAAGGCCUGCUGUCCAUGAGUACUGAGUAAGAACAAUCAGUCAGACAAGUCCCUCCCAAAUUUUCUUUGAAAAAUACAAGUCACACUCUAAUCAGUCAUGGAGGCCAAAGCAGGAGAGUAUGAGUGAUGUUUAUUUGUUUAUUUAUUUAUUUGAAGUAUUUUUCUACUGUCACACACUGUCAUGAUAUUAUACACUGCACUGCUGCCACAUGAUUGGCUGAUUGGAUAACUGUAUGAAUGAACAGGUGUUCCUAAUAAAGUGGACAGUGAGUGUAUUUUUAAAGUAAUUUUAAUAAACACUACGUAUGGGAUUGUCGUCAUUUCAAGUAAUGUAUUGUACGGUUUACAUGUAAAAUAUUAAAAUCGUAUCAUUAUACUUUGCUAUCUGAAGAACGUUAUCUGUAUCUGUUAUUAACUGCUCUUGCUUUCCUUCACCCUUUACCACUACUCUUUGGGUUGCCAGAUCUGUGAUUGUCCCUAGGCUUUGAGAAGCUGGGGCCAGGUUGAUUAAAUUUUUUUGUCUGGGUUUUGAAAGCCAGACUGGUUGGUACGUUGGAGGGUUUUUUUGUGUCUGUACUAAAUGUGCAAGAAAAUAACAUAGUAGGCCACGUUAUCUAUAAAAACGUGCUUGUGUCACUGAAGUGUUUUCUAAAGUCAUUUCUCAUCCCUUGAUAAAAGCAUUGAUUAAGAAAACUGUGUGUAUGUUGGGUUACUUUAUAAAUAUUGUUGUCUAAUACAGGAUUUUAGAGGGUAAAAUAUUUGAAAUAGGGUUGAAUUUGUUGACAAUUAAUUUAGUUUAAAUGGUGGUUAAGUCGGUUCUCUCAAACAGACCUGGCAACUCCACUCUUAUUUUAUCGGAAACGAAAGUGAAACUAAUCUGUAUCUGUUCAGUCCGAGGGCGGAUCUGUUUCAUAUCGUUUCCCCUUUUCGUCAGACACACCUGUUUUCCACGCGGCUUUUACAGACUGAACCAGGAAGUGUGGGCUGCUGUAAGUGACUGUGUGAGUUUAUAUCUCAGUAAAAUGGCAGAAGCGAAUAUUUCAGUAGCUCAGGAUCAGUUCAGCUGUCCAAUCUGUCUGGAUCUAAUCAAGGAUCCAGUAGCUAUUUCAUGUGGACACACUUUCUGUAUGGUGUGUAUUAAUGGCUGCUGGGAUCAGGAGGAUCAGAAGGGAGUCUAUAGCUGUCCUCAGUGUAGACAAACCUUCACUCCAAGACCUGUUGUGGGUAAAAACAGCAUGCUGGCUGAAGUAGUGGAGACACUGAAGAGUACAGGACUCCAAGCUACACGUCCUGCUCACUGUUCAGCUGGACCUGAAGAUGUGGAGUGUGAUUCCUGCACUGGGAGAAAAUCCAAAGCCAUCAAGUCCUGUCUGGUGUGUCUGGCCUCUUUCUGUGAAACUCACCUCCAGCCUCACUAUGAAUCUCCUGCCUUUAAGAAGCACAAGCUGGUGGAAGCCUCCAGACGACUCCAGGAGCAGAUCUGCUCUCAGCAUGACAAAGUGCUGGAGGUUUACUGUCACACUGAUCAGCAGUGUAUCUGCAUGUUGUGUACCAUGGAUGAACAUAAAGGACAUGAUACAGUAUCAGCUGCAGCAGGACGAGCUGACAAACAGAAGCAGUUGUUGGAGAUGCAGGGAAACUCCAAGCAGAGAAUCCAGGAGAGAGAGAAGCAGCUUCAGGAACUAAUAAAGGCUAUGGAGACUCACAAGCUCUCUGCACAAACAGCAGUGCAGGAGACCGAGAGGAUCUUUACGGAGCUGAUCAAAUCUAUUGAGAGAAGAUGCUCUGAACUGACAGCGCUGAUCAGAGCUCAGGAGGAAGCUGCAGUGGGUCGAGCUGAAGAAGUCAUGAAGCAACUGGAGCAGGAGAUCGCAGAGCUGAAGAGGAGAGAUGCUGAAAUGGAGGAACUUUCACACACAGAGGAUCCUGUCCAGUUCCUCCAGAGUUUUCAGUCUGUCGCAACCCCAACUGGAUCUUCGAACUUGCCCACCAUCACGUUCAGCUCUACUCUAACUUUUGAGGAUGUAAUAACAUCUGUGUCUCAGCUGAGAGAGAACGUUGAAGAGUGCAGUAACACUGAGUGUGAGAAGAUAUCAAGUGGAGUGAGGUAUGUCCAGAUCUUAUCACCUCCACCUCCUCAUAUCACUAUGCAGAAGCGAUAUAUGCAGGCCCCGAGAUUGCAUCAACUGCAUUUGCAGACCCAGAGGUUUCAUCAACUGCAUUCAAACCGUAUGGUUAUGGAACGCCGAAAGCAAGAUUUUCAAUGACUCGGCAAAUGUGAGAAACCUGCAGAUCACCAACUAGUGAUACUCUGUGAUACUCUACAGAACUCCUCAGUCUGCAAUCUCUCUCUCGCUCUCUCUCUCCCUCUCGCUCUCGCUCUCUCUCUCUCUCUCUUUGUCAUUUAAACACAAUUUCUCUUCUCACAUGUGCAUAGUGUGAAAUAAUCAGUGUAAUCGUUAUUGGAAUGAAUAAUAAUUUAAGGAUGUUUAUCUCGGAUUUGUUGAUAUAUAUUGAUGAAAUACUUACAAAUGUAUUAGUGCUUUGCUUUUGGUGUCUCUUACACAAAAUAUAUUCAUGUAGUUUUAGUAGUUUUCCAUUUUUUCAGACAGAACAAUUAAAGAACUUUAAGUAUGUAUUUGACUAGAAAGUUUGACUUGUUAAACGCUCUAGCUCCUCAGCCAUAUGUAUGGAAAUCCAUAUUCGGAUUUGACAUUAUACUUCAAAAAUUCAUUUUACAAUGUUUUGCUAGUAUGUAACAUUAAAAAACAACUUAGCAACUGUUGAUAUUAAUAUGAUUUCGGUUUCUUCAUUACUUUAUUAAAACCAUUAUUGUCUAGUACUUGCAAUUACAAAUAAACAAUUUUAAUUCUUAACAUCUGCAUUAUGGAAACUGCAUCCUAUGCUUUCACUUUAUUUAAAGCCAUCAAUGAUGCAUUUAUAGAGGUUAUUAUUUGUAUUAUAACUCACAAUAAGUAUUUAUAAUGCAGCACAACACAUCUAUCAACAAUAUAAAAUAAUUCACUUUUUGGACAUAGAAAUGAAUAUGUAUUACUAAUAAGUCAUUAUAGCUACAAUAUAAUAACAUCAUAAAAAUGCAGGCUGUAUUUUUAUGAAUACAUUAAUGGAACCAUAAGACUAAUCAAUACUUAUAAAUUGGUGUAUAAUGCAUUAUGAGCAUGGGCACUGAAAAAGCAAGUUUAUCACUUAUAAGUAAUUAUACCAAUAAUAUAAAUGUAGCAAUAACUUAUUAUAAUGAAGUGUAGGUCUUGAUAAAUGUGUUUAAAGAGCAGUAAUUCUUGCUUAUAAAUAAUUAUAAACGAGGCUAUAAUUCAUUAUAAGCAUGGGCUUCAUAGAAAUCGUUACCGAACUUUCUAUCGGUGGUGUUCUUCUGUUGAUGAAAGGUGUAGUAAUUUUCAUAUUAGGAAAAGUGUCAUAGUGGAUCAGAGAUGUUUCCUUAAAGCAAAAGUCAAAUGGAAUUUGAUGUCUUGUGCUUACUGUAGACCGUCUUUAAGCAUAUAUUUUACUCCUCAAAAUGUAAAAGAUGAUCUUGUAAUAAUUGUCCUGAGAAAUGUAAAAGAAUUGUUAAACACAACGUUUACUUUGUGUUAUUCUGAUGCAGAAGUUUUUAUCAAUACAUUUUCAGGAUCAAAAUAAGGUUUCUUUGCAUAAAAUUUUGAAAUAUAACAUUUUCAAAGCUCUAUUUGAAUGACACAAAUAACUGUGUUGUGAUAGAAUCUGAAAUCAGUAGUGCUGUACAAUUAUUUUGUAUUCAUUUAAAUAUUCUGAAGUUUUACAAAAAAAUAUCCUUUUGAGAUUGUUAAUUUGUAUAACUUUGUUUGUUUGUUUGUUUGUUUGGUUUAAAAAAAUAUAUUUUUAAUUGCUUAAAAAGGUUGCUUUUUAAAGCCACAAACUGUCUCCUUACUCUCUUCUCAAGAUUCCCUAAAGUGUUUCUUCCUCACGUCGUCUCCGGAUUUGUGUCACCGAGUCACUUAGACUUGAUACUCUAUCAACUUUGUUUAAAUUGUAAUAGUGAAAAUGUAUAACUUUAACAUCUAGUGUUUGCAGUUUUCUGUACCUAUAGAGCUGAAAAUGUUUUUUGUUGUUGUUGUUUUUUUUUUUUUUUUUUUUUUUUUAAAUCAGUUGGUAGAAUAUCAAGGCUGCAGUUGCCAAACUGUGUCCUCAAGAAUUUUGUGGUCAAUCCUGCUAAAUUGUGAUAUAAUGUCUAAUAAUGCAUUUUAGGUGAUGGUGGUCAUAGUGGGAAAGUCUUAUUAUUUGCCUGGGUGGUAUUGGUGGUCAAUCUAAUGUUUUUUUGUUUUUUUAAUUUAUAGAUAGAUUA